GGUUGACGAAAAAUGUUCAGAAAACUUGAAAACUCAAGUUUUGCAACAAAAUAAACAACCCCAAGACCGUUACAUGCUCAUCAAGAAUCCAUAAUGUCACGAAAUAACUACUCGAUACGAGACAGAAAUAGAAGAGAAACAAGUGGCGAGAUCCAAUCUGAAAAAGCAAGAUUAGCCGGGGUCGCUACCCCCAAUUCGUUAGCAAACGCUUCAUCUGUUAUAUAUCUUGGUAAUAUUCCAAAUGAUUGGAACGAACAAAUUGUUUCCAGCGUGGUUGCUGGAAGUGGGAAAGUUGUAGACAUCAGAUCCAGAAUUGAUCCUCAAGGAAGAGGUAAGAAUUUCUGUUUCGUGGAAUAUUUGAAUCCUCAUGAAGCUGCUAUUGCUUUACAAUUGUUGAGUGAAAUUAAAUUAGGUCCAAAAAGAAAACUAAGAGUUGAAUUGUCAAAAGAAGGUUUAAGAACUACGCAUCCUAUCAAUAGACCUGUUCUAGAGUUAAAUAAAAACUUUUUACCGUAUUAUGUUCAGAUUCCUGCUGGUAUGCGUGAUUCUAGCAGUGAACCUCCACAAAUGGGAUUCCCAAACCAAGGUAACAAUACUCCAAUGGGUUAUAAUUCAUCAGUUACACCAGUUCCUCAACCUGGAAUUCAUCAACUUCCACCGCCUCCUUUCCAACAACCAGUUAAACAAGAACCAAUGCCUGAAGUUUUAGCGAAAGCUUCCCAAUAUUUACCUCAAUUUAACCCAUCAGCUUUUAGAGCUGAUGACAAAAUAUCACAAAAUUUACAGCAUAUACCCCCAGUGCAAUUGAUCGAAUUCAUAUCGACUUUAAAACAACUGGCUGCAACAAAUGUUGCGUCUGCUCAACAAGCUUUUGACAUGUCGCCUAAUUUAGCAAUAACUAUGGUCCAAUCCAUGAUCUUGAUGGGAUUGAUCGAUAUUAAUACAUUAACUGCCGCUAUACAACAACAAGCUCAGACUUCUCAACCAUCAAGCGCUAUUCCUACACCACCACCACCAAUUCAUUCACAACUUGCACCUCAACCUGAUCCAAGAUGGCCAAACCUAUCGGCUCGCACCGGUGAAAAACUGGCUAAAUUAGAUCCUAAUGAAGCUAGCAUGAUCGCACAAGUUUUAACAUUACCACCUGAUAAUAUUGGUGGGCUACCACCACAACAAAGACAAAUGGUCGAAUCGAUAAGAGCUCAGUAUUUAUAGAGUCAUGAGAAGUGUAUUAUAAUGUUUAAAUGCUAAAUCUUAGUUACGCCAUAAUAAAAACCCUCUGGCCUUCAAU